AUGCUCAAGUGGUUAUUAUUGAAGGCUUUCUUGGCUUUAAGCUUAAGAUUUGUCGAUUCUGAGCGUGCUGAUCGUAUGAUUUCGUCUCGUUCAGGAAUCAGACCAUGGGUUGAUGUUGAUACUCCAAAGGAUGUAUACAAUAUCAUUUCGUCACGAGGAAAAACGUGGAUGCUCGUCAUGAGUGAUGAAUUUAAUGUCCCUGGACGGAAUUUUAUGCCCGGUGGUGACCAUAUGUGGACUGCGUUAGAAAUGCCUGAUGGGGUGAAUGCUGCUCUUGAGUAUUAUAGUUUCAAUAUGACAGAAACAGUUCGCGACUCGGAUGGUCGUGGAGUCUUUCGUAUUCAAGUAAAGGAAGAGAAGAAUAUUUCAUAUACCGUUUGGAAUACGUAUGCAAAACCUGCAGCUUUCGAGACACAUAGUAUGUAUUAUCGCUCGGGUAUGUUACAAUCAUGGAAUAAAUUCUGCUUUCAAGGAGGUCGAAUGGAAGUUAUAGCACAAUUACCAGCAACAACCAAUUCUAAAAAUCCAGAUAUGGGAAAUGAAAAGAAUCGUGUUAAAAGUAGUGGAUUUUAUCCUACGUGGCCUGGAAUUUGGCUUCUUGGAAAUUUAGGAAGAGCUCUCUUUUCGCAAUCGACAAAUCGAAUGUGGCCAUGGAGUUAUAAUGAAUGUAAUGAACAAUUAAAAGGUAGUCAACGGAUUAAUGCAUGUGAUGGUAAUCCUGGCUAUGGAUUGAAUUCCUAUCAAGGACGAGGAGCUCCUGAAAUUGAUUUGUUAGAAGGAGGAGGAGUUGCAAUCUCUACGAGCAUUCAAGUGGCUCCAGGAAUGCCAGAUCCAUUUCGUCUCAUUCCACCUACAAACGAUACAAAUCCAUAUUGUGUUUAUUCGGCUCAAUGUACUACCAGUGGUGCAAACUUUCCAGGCAUUCCGACUAAAACGUAUCGUGCUCGAGGACAUAAAAGUUGGUACCAAGGACUUCGAUAUGCUCCAAACACUUUGUGUCUCCCUGUGAGUAGCCAGAUUCAAGAUCCACAGACAGUCAUUUCAAAUACAAAGAGAGGAAUAUCAAGUAAUACGUGUCAAGGAGUGAAUACAUGUCCAGCAUCAGGUGAUGGAUACUCUGAUCUAAGCUUGAUAGACAAUCAUGGAUCGAAGUAUUGGGGUGUUAAUGAGGUUGGUGGAUGUAUGCCCGUAAUAAAUGGAUACAUGGGUGCAUUUUUGUGUGAUCCUGAUAGUUCCAACUCGAAAUGUUCAGCCCCUUUAGGUGCAGAAGAGCUUAAACGGGAGCUUAUGGAACCUUUUGAGUAUCAAAUGGAUGCAAUUUCCGCAAAUUGGCCAGUUCAGCUUGGAGUGUACACGAGUUAUAUCAAGUAUCAACUUGAAUGGGUAACAGGAUCAACAGGAUACAUUCGAUGGAUGGUUGAAGAUAUUGUAAUUUUUGAAAUCCCAGCCGAAUCGGUUGAGAAUGUACCUCAAGACUCAAAAAAGUCGAAUCCUCGAAAGAUUAUGCCGGAAGAACCAAUGUACGUGAUUUUUAAUGUCGCUCUUUCGACAAGUUGGGGAGCCACACCACCAAAUCCUGGAUCUCCUUGUCGUGGAAAAGGAACCAAUUCUGAACAUAAUGAUAUUUGUGAUGGCUUUCCAAUGUAUAUGAAGAUUGAUUCUAUUCGCAUAUAUCAAGAUUUGUCGUCAAACUCGAAUAUGUCUAUUGGUUGUGAUCCUUCAAGUCAUCCAACGAAAAAAUGGAUUGAAAGUCAUAUACAAGAGUACGAAACACCGGAAAAUAAAUGGAUUCAAGUUCAUGGUGGAGCAAAUUGUAAGACAGAUCUUGAUUGUACGGUUAGUACAUCGCACAUUUUGACUGGGAAAUGUACUCGAAAAGGUCGUUGUAGUUGUGGUCUAUCCGGUGCAUGGGGAGGUCCACGAUGUACGUUUCCACUUGCCAAUAAUGCUAAUGGUGAAGGUUUUGGACCUCCAUUGGUUCUUUCAAUCUUAGUUGGUCUGGCCAUUCAAGCAUCUUUAGUCUUUGUAGCUUACAAUCUCUUUCGAAAACAAAGUCAAAAGUCAAGUAGAGGCACUGGAUUUCAACGACCAGUUGUUCACUCCAAGCUUGAGUUGGACUCCAUUUCACCAACUAAUGGUGGAUUUAACGUUUCAGAAGAUAAAGCAGUUUAA